AUGCUCGGUGGCAGACACAGCCACUGGAGCCCGCAGGACCUCGAGGAACAGGCCUUUUCGCCGUAUGGGACAUUUCCCCCUUCGCCAACGGAGAGUACAGAGACUUCUAGCAGUAUUUCCUCUACUCGACCUAGAGUGAACCCCCGAAUUGUCUCUGAUGCUAUCCUGGGCCUCUCGGAUGGGUUGACAGUUCCCUUUGCUCUCAGUGCCGGCCUCUCUGCUCUAGGGAAUUCGAGAGUGGUGGUUGUCGGUGGGCUGGCUGAACUUGUUGCCGGUGCUAUAUCCAUGGGCCUGGGCGGAUACGUUGGCUCUCGUAGUGAAGUAGAAUCAUACGAAGCCACGGUUCGAGAGACAAAACAUCUAGUCAAAGCAUCCCCCAUGGAAACAAUGAAUAUCAUCCACCAGGUUUUUGCUCCAUACAACCUCCCAGAGGAGCCCGUGGCUCGAAUGAGCCAUAUCUUAUACAACUCCCCUGAGAAACUCCUCGACUUCCUUCUCACUUUCUAUCAUAAAGAAUCCAAGCCAGGAUGCCAUCAGGCAUGGAUAUCUGCCAUCACCCUUGCACUGGGAUACUUUAUUGGCGGCUUCAUUCCCCUUAUUCCUUAUUUCAUGGUCGAUCAAGUUUUGGUGGCGCUGUAUUAUAGUAUUGGUAUCAUGAUUUUCACAUUGUUGGUCUUUGGCUACGUCAAGACGUGCGUCGUUCGAGGUUGGACAGGCAAGGAAAAUAUAGUUGCUGGUAUCAAAGGAGGGUUACAGAUGGUUGUUGUUGGGGGUUUGGCUGCCGGUGCAUCUAUAGCUCUGGCUAGAGCUAUCAAUCCCACUGGUGGCGCUUUAUUUUGA